AUGGUGAAAGAAUACAAGCACCUCACGGAGGACGAGAUCGCGUUCUUCAUGGCGAACGGGUACCUCAUCGUGAAGCAGGCGUUUUCGCGUGAGAAGGCAGCCGAGUUCACGCGCGACAUGUGGGUUCGCCUCGGGAUCGACCCCAACGACAAGGAGACCUGGCCGCGCGACCGCGCGCGCAUUCACAUGCCGGCCCACAUCCACGAGCCCGUCGCAACCUUCGCGCCUAGGGUCUGGGGCGUCAUGACCGAGUUGCUUGGCGGCGAAGAGCGCGUCGACGCGGAGAGCAGCGCCUGGGGCGACUCCUUCAUCGUCAACUUCGGCACGCCCGCGUCCGCCGGCGCCCCCGCGCCCGACCCGCGCACGCUCGACAAUUGGCACGUCGACGGCGACUUCUUCGUGCACUUCCUCGACUCGCCCGAGCAGGCGCUCCUCGUCAUCCCCGUCUUCUCGGACAUCGCCCCGGGCGGCGGCGCAACGUACAUCGCGCCCGACGGCAUCGCGCGCGCCGCGCGCUACCUCGCUGCGCACCCCGAGGGCGUCUACGGCGGGAACCUCGCGUUCUGGCCGACGACGAGCACCGCGCCGACGCCCGCGGCUGACCCCGCAUACUACUCCCACCCCGCCGAGGCCGCGCAGUGCGAGCAGUUCGUCGAGCUGAGCGCGGAGGUGGGGGAUGUCGUGCUCCUGCACCCGCUCAUGCUGCACACGGCGUCGCCGAACCGCCUGCGCGUGCCGCGCGUGAUCACGAACCCGCGCGUCGAGCUGCGCGCGCCGUUUGAGUUCGCGCGCGCGGACCCGGAGGAGUAUAGCUUGGUGGAGCGCAAGACACUUAAGGAGUUGGGCGUGGACCGGUUUGAGUUUAAGCGGACGGGCGAGCGGAGGCGCGUUGUGCCCGAGCGCGUGCUACGGGAGGCGGUCAUGAUCGAGGAGGAGAAACGCAGGGUUGCGGAGGCGCGGGCGAGGGCGGGCCCGGAGGCUAAUGCGGCGAGGCCGAUUGCGGUUGCCUAA